AUGGUGCGCCAGGCUCCUCCUCAGCGCGGGACGCCUCUGCUAGUGCUGCUGCUGCUCACUCUGAUCGUCUCGGCGACUGUCGCCGUCGCGCAAGAUGCGUUCGAUCCCGUCACCUACGUGCCGGCCACUCACAGCCUGACGUUUGGUCUGGGGUACAUCGCGUCUGUGAACACCGCAACCAACCCGCCGUCACUGGCCGUUGUCGACUCCACUUGCGCGCCUGUCGCGCCCACUUCUAACGCGGACGGAUCCUCCACGGUGGUCGGCUACACCGCGUACUCGAACGGCACCAUCACUGGUCCGGGCGGCCUCUCCAUCUACAUUGGUGCCGGCGACGCGCUGGCUGCUAUGGGAACAACAACAGUCCUGAAGAACGGAACCAUUGUGGACGGUUCGGGAAUGAAGCUCGUGCCAGCAACGAACCCUGACGGGUCGUACACUGCAGGGGACAUGACCGGGUGGGCUAACAGCACCAUCGUUGGCAGCGGCGGCGCCGUGAUCAACGCCGGCGCGCCGCUCACCCUCACAGCGGACGGCAGCAUUGCUUUCGCUCUGCAUGCAGCCCCUCCCGUGCCUAGCGCCGCCAUCUCCGUGAAUCCCGGCGCCCGCAGCCUGUCGGUGGGCGGCUACACGGUGUCGCUGAGUGGCAAUAAGCUCUCCCUGCUAGACUCCACCGGCAAGCCUGUCACCACCACCACCAACCCCGACGGGUCCCGCUGUCUUGGCGACUACACGCUUUACAAGAACGGCACGAUCGCUGCUCCGGGCGGCAUUGCCAUUGACACUUCCGGUCCCAACGCGGGGCUGCGUGUGGGAACAACGACGGUUCUGACAGUAAACGGAACGGUUCUGGACGGUACGGGAGCGAAGAUUGUGCUGACGGGUCCGAAUGAGGACGGGUCGGUCACUUUGGCUUCUCCUUCCCUUCCCACUGCUACCGCUGAUGCUCCCUCUGCUGGUGUUGCUUCUCCUCCCACUGGUGCCGCUUCUCCUCCUACUGAUGUCGGUGCUCCUCCUAGUGAUGCAGGUGCUCCUACUGCUGAUGUCGGUGCUCCCCCUGCUGGUUCCACUUCUCCCCCUGCUGGUGCCUCUACUCAUGCCACUCCUCCUCCCCCACCCAAGACUGCUGGUUCGCUUGCUUCACCGGCCACUGCUCUCGCUGCUGCUCUCAUCACUCUCGCCCUUGCCCCGCUCAUAGCAACGCAGCUCCAUGCAGCCAUGGCUAGGAAGCGCAAGACAGCAGCAGACGCUACUACCGACGUCCCGCGGGAUCUCAAUGAGAUCACGUACAUAGCCUGGAUUAACAAGCAGAUUGCUUCGGGGCGCAAGCCCGCGGGCCCGAUGCCUGAAGGAAUACCGUCACCUGGAGCCACCUCCUACGAAGCUCCGCGUAACGUUCCAACGCGCGGUCACCGUGACGGCGACCGGAUUGCAUCCUCGCGGGUCAUCGAUGACAAUCCGCUUGACGACGAUAGCGAUUACAACAAGUACGCCGUCGGGACCGACGACGAGGCGGACUCUGGCGAGGAGCCGGACAAGGGCAUGUCCGACUCAGAGGAUGACGGCGAGGGCAAAGAGUCCGAGGACGAGGCCGACGCACCAGAGGAAACUCAGCCCUCGGCCUCGACCACGCGUGCCGGCCGUGCGACGCUUGCAGGCACCGCGAAAACCGCCUCAAAGGGAGGCGAGCCUCCACGCCGCGUGUCGAAGACCCGCAACCAGAUGCCUGUGAAGCGCAGUGUCUGGUCUCCGCUUGAGAGCACGAUCUUUGUGGCCGCCCGCUGGUUCAUGAAAGACGAACUAGAGCCGCUGCUGGGGAAGCAGGGCUCGCAGUAUUGGGCGCGCCUUGUCAAGCACUUCGAAAAGGAGAACCCGGGGUGGGUUCGCAGCGUCAACGCAGUUCAGAAACAGUGGCGGAACCUCGUCAAGUUCUACAAGCAGCUCAAGAAGGGAGAAAAGGCGUUGGGAAAGGGUGCCGUGUGCAAGCCCUCAUGGUACCCGUACAUGGAACUGUAUUGCAACAAUCGGGCCGUCGCCAACCCACAUGCUGUGGCUGGUGGCGGCGCGUCGAGCGUCAACGUGCUGUGCGGGUUCACGCAGGACGAGCGAAUUGCGCGCGAACGCCUCCAGCCGACUGUGCCACCUAUGCCUGCACGCAACGACGCUCCCGCUGGCGCUGUCCCCCAGCCUGCCACGAACGCCACCGAAGGCAGCGACGACGGAUGGCUCCACCGCGGGCAGACUGGAAACGACUCGGCUAACCCAGAUGCGGACGAGGAAGUGUGGGUUCGCGGCGACGCCGAGUAA